GUUAGUAUAAAAAGGUCCUGGAGUCAGGAGUUGGCAGAGCAAGUUGAACCAUCCAGUGGGCAAAAAAACUAAACCACCAUCACCAUGGGCAAGAUUGUCUUUUACGAGGAGAGGAACUUCCAGGGUCGCUCCUAUGAGUGCAUGAGUGACUGCCCUGACUUGUCCUCCUACCUGAGCAGGUGCCAGUCCUGCAGGGUGGAGAGCGGCUGUUUCAUGGUCUACGAGCGUCCCAACUACAUGGGUAUGCAGUUCUUUAUGAGGAGGGGCGAGUACCAAGACAUGCAGCGCAUGAUGAGCAUGGGAAUGAUGUUUGACUCCAUCAGAUCCUGCAGAAUGAUCCCCUUUCACAGAGGCCAGUUCAGGAUGAGGAUCUACGAGAGGGAGAACUUUGGUGGUCAGAUGUACGAGCUGAUGGACGACUGUGACAACAUCAUGGACCGUUACCGUAUGAACGACUGCAUGUCCAGUAACGUGAUGGACGGCCACUGGCUGAUGUACGAGCAGCCCCACUACAGAGGCAGGAUGAUGUACCUGAGGCCCGGAGAGUACAGGAGCUUCAGGGACAUGGGCAUGAGUGGCAUGAGGUGGAUGAGCAUGAGGCGUAUCACUGAUAUGUGCUAGACUUCUAUGUAUGACUUGAGUAAAUAAAAACAAUGUGUAAUUCAAAACCAUA